GCCCUGUCUUGUCAAAGCCAGCAGCAUAAAACACACUCGGAGUGAGGAAACCUGAAGCUUUCUUUUGUAAGAACACACUGAAAAUGGCAAGCCAAGAUUUCACUGCUGCUGUCGAACUCUGCGCCCGGGAGCUCCGACAGGCUGGAGACCAGCUGUACUGGAGUUACAAACUACUGGAAAUACUGGUCAACAACUACAAGACUGUGUAUAAGAUAUCAUGAGACUUCAUGAUGAAGCAUGUUUAAAAGGAGAAAAAAAAAGACAUAAAACCAAAAUAAAAAGGCCAACUCAGAGAAAUCUUGGAUGUGGACUCAUCUUCAGUGGACAAGUGUUGGCCCUCGGGAGAAGAGGAUGGACACCAGUCUUGUUCGAGUUGCUGCUGGUGACUUUGGACUGGGACCAGAACUGUGCAGAGAAACAGAGGUGUGGAGGUGGUGGACCGUGAGGCUUGUGGAUGACUGGACCGAUGGAGGUUUAUCUGCUGAUGCUGUUACAACUCCCACACGUCUUGGAUCUGGACUUUCUUGUGCUCGGUUAAAAAACAAUUCACAGAAAAGAAGUUGUUUAAACAUAACACUUAAAUGUCCUCUCAAACUGUUGGGUGGACUGUUUUUAUCAUAUCCUUUGAUAAAUGUGAAAAAAAAAAAAAAA